UCAUCACUUUUGCUUAGAAGCCAGGGCAGAAAGAGCUUGGCAAAGCAUGGAAAGCGGGGGAAAUCAGGUGCAAGUUUUGAAAAGCUGCUGAGACGCAAGAGAGUAGGAAAUCAGCGCUCGGAGUGGCAAGUGAAGCCAAACUUAAGCUGGAAAUUCGAAGGAAAGAACAUUUUGUUGGCACUCUCUUAUUUUUGUGAUACGGACAAAUGUUUCGAGCUGGGAAAUUAUUCUGAAUUUCCACAAGGAGUUUUUUUUUUUUUAAUUGAAAAGUUUGGAUCCAGUCGUUCUCCUGGGUACUGACUUCACCGAAGAUUUCGUCACUUGUUUUUGGGAUUCAGCUCCAGCGACAACCUUCUCCUUCGUCUCUUUUUAAAACUCACAGUGAACUUGGGAGAUAUUUGAGAGAGAAACGGCCCCUGCCUCUUCCUGGGCUCCUCUGCCUCUGCCAAUGAGCCCCUAGAGUGUUUUGGGGAGCUGGGAUUUGUUGGGGGACUUCAGUUUUGGAAAAUGGGUCAACUUGGCCGAUCUUUCUUCUCCUGCGUUCUGGCUUUGUGGAUGAGUAUCGGCAACGCGCAGGAAGCCGUGUUCUUCCAAGAGAGCCCUUCGAACCUGACAUCUUCCUUGGGCAAGGACAUCAAGCUUUCCUGCUCCGCCCUUUCCCUUGGCGAGCCGCCUGAGAUCAGUUGGCUGCGGGACGGAGCCGCCCUGGACUUGGCCGACAGUAACCAGAUGCAGUUUCCCUUGGAUGAUGAAGAAUGGAUGACCACCAGCGAAUUGAGCAUCCCUUCUGUUCAGCUCUCGGACAUGGGGAACUACCAGUGCGCGGCCUCGGUGAAUGGAUCUGAAGUCCUCUCUGAUGAAGCCUACCUGAAUCUGGAAGGUCUCCCCUUUUUCACUGAAGAGCCCCAGGAUCUGGAGGUCACAGUCAACACCCCUUUCAACCUCAGCUGCAGGGCUCAGGGCCCCCCAGAACCAGUGCGGGUGAUCUGGCUGCAAGACAGCGCCCCCCUCAACUCCUUGAACGACCCACAGGCCCGGACACCUUCCACACUGGCGUUGAGAGGUCUGAAUCACAGCGCAUCAUUCUCAUGCGAGGCCCACAACGAUAAGGGGGUGGGCACAUCUCGGACUGCAAAGGUGACAGUGGUUCCUGGGCGGCCAAGUGCCUUAUCCCUUCUGCAUCGUAGUGACCACCACCUGGAAGUGACAUGGGAACCAGGACCGAGUGGGGCCUACGCUCUUGAGUUCUGCACCAUCCAGGCUGUGCGCUCGGACGAGGACCUCAGCACCGUGUCGGACCGGGAACUCUAUAACCAGAACCUCCACGUCCCCCCGUUCAGCCACACCCUGGAUGGCUUGAGCCCCUUCACCACCUACCACGUACGGGUGUCCUGUCGCUCCCGAGAGGGCAACUCCCCGUGGACCCACUGGGUUGCUAUGGAAACCUUGGAAGGAGUGCCCACCGCUGCGCCAGAGAACAUCAUGGCCACGCAGAAUGGCACCUGCACCAUCGUGCAGUGGCGAGAGCCGCGUGGUGUCAUCAACGGGAUCAUACGCGGAUACAAGCUGGUCUGUCAAAGCGGCGACUCGCCCGAGGUGGUUGUGGACGUGGGGCUGACCAACGAGACCGUCUUGAACCUGAACAAAACAGUACACAAUCUGACCGUCCGUGUCGCGGCCUACACACAAGCAGGAGACGGUCCCUGGAGCAAAGCCAUCAUGGUUUCCACUGGGGAUGUCGAUGAACUGCCGCAGCCCCAGCCAGUAGAAACCACCGCCCCUGCCUUCUCCUGGCACUGGUGGUACGUGGUAAUUGCCAUAGCCACGGCCGCCGCCGCUGCCGCCUUCAUAAUCAUCUUCUUGGCACGGAUGAGGAGGAAGGAAACCCGCUAUGGGGAGGCGUUUGAACCCAGCAUGGAGCAGGGAGAGCUGGUGGUCCACUACCGAGUCCGCAAAUCCUACAGCCGCCGGACCACCGAAGCCACUUGUGAGUGUCAUGGAAGGAUGAACAGCCUGGGCAUUAGCGAGGAGCUGAAAGAGAAGCUGCGAGACGUCAUGAUAGAUCGCCACAAGGUGGCCUUGGGGAAAACCCUCGGUGAAGGGGAAUUUGGCUCUGUCAUGGAGGGGCAACUCAGCCAAGAUGGAGCGGUCCUUAAGGUUGCCGUUAAGACCAUGAAAAUUGCCAUCUGCACCCGCAGCGAGAUGGAGGAUUUCCUCAGCGAAGCCGUCUGCAUGAAGGACUUUGACCACCCUAACGUCAUGAAACUGAUUGGAGUUUGCCUGCAGAACACAGAGAGCGAAGGAUACCCCUCCCCGGUUGUCAUCCUGCCCUUCAUGAAACAUGGAGACCUGCACAGCUUCCUGUUGUACUCCCGGCUUGGCGAGAGCCCGGUGUACCUGCCCACACAGACGCUGGUCAAAUUCAUGACGGACAUUGCUAGCGGGAUGGAGUAUCUCAGUAGCAAGAACUUCAUACACCGCGAUCUUGCCGCCCGCAAUUGCAUGCUGAACGAGAGCAUGACGGCUUGUGUGGCUGACUUUGGCCUCUCUAAGAAAAUCUACAACGGCGAUUAUUACCGGCAAGGCCGUAUCUCCAAAAUGCCUGUCAAGUGGAUCGCCAUUGAGAGUCUGGCCGACCGCGUUUACACCAUCAAGAGCGACGUGUGGUCGUUCGGCGUUACUAUGUGGGAGAUCGCGACGCGAGGCCAGACGCCGUACCCAGGUGUGGAAAACAGUGAGAUCUACGACUACCUGUGUCAGGGCAACCGACUCAAGCAGCCAAUCGACUGCCUGGAUGGCCUGUACGAGCUGAUGAUGAGCUGCUGGGCCCUCAACCCUCGCGACCGCCCCAGCUUUGAGAUCCUGCACCAAGAGCUGGAGAAGAUCCUCAAGUCCCUCCCUCCAGCCAAGGACCCGGAAGAGAUCCUCUACGUCAACAUGGACGACGGCGUGGCCCCCGGAGAGGCGGAGCUGGGUGCCGUCGGGGGUCUGGGUCCUGAGGAAGCACCGGCCAAGGAGAACCAGUCGCUCAAGCCCACGGUGACGGCGGCCGAAGUCCACCAGCCCCAGGCCAUGGGCCGCUACGUCAUGUGCCCCACCCCUCAUGAGAGCAGCCGGCUACUGACGGACGCCCCCAGCUGCGCCGCCACCGAGGAAGGGGCCUGAACGGGACGAGGCAACUUAUUCGUUGUGGCUGGGGGGAGGGGAGGGGGGAGGUCGCAAGCGGCCCAACUGGUGCAGUCCCUGCAAGCUUUGGAAGACGACGACCCCCCAUCUCUGAGGAGAGGGGAUUCAUGGAGGACUCCACAAGCUGAGGCGCACCCUCCUCCUCUCCCAAAAUGAGCCACUGCCUUGCUUUUGCCACAAGGGUCUUCCCUCCCCAUCAACCCCCUCCAGGGGGGAGUUUGGACUGACCCAUCUCUGAGUAUGUCUCACGGCUGUACAUGCAUUGACAGUCAUGCUCCACACCACCAGCCUGAGGCCAGAUAUGUACUCUAGACUAUGAUGUUGGCAGAAGGGGGGAGUCCAUCUCAGGUUACAGGGGCCAGGGGAGGAGGGGGGACACAGUGGGGAACCCAACAGGACCGGCAGCUGCGCCCUUUUCUCCUCCUCACGUUGAAGGUACCUUAGCAAUUUGACCUCCCGUCCGCAACUCCGUGGUCCAAAUUUAGCUCGCUAACACCGAGGUCUCGUCCACGAUCCUGCUUGCCCCAGACCUAGAAGGCACAAAUCUGAGUGAUUUUAACUUGCUUUCCCUGGAAAACCUGCUUUUUGGUGCCAAAUCGGAGUGAAUGUCAGUCCGGAGGAAACCUGGUCGACAUUCGCUCCGAUUCGGCGGGGCAGGUGGGGAUGAGCCCUCGCCAAUGGUACUAAGGUUAUUCUGUGUUUGUGUGUGUGUGUGUGUGGCCCAGCUCCUGCCUUUUUCUUGUUGGGCCUGGCACACAGCUGCUGAGCUGGCAGAGCAUAGAUUUGCUAUGAAGGAGAGUAAAGUCCGGCUGCUCAGUUUGUGUGCUGUUAAAGGGGAGCAGGGCACAUUAACCAAAACGGGGGGUGGAAAGUAUCGGUCCUAAUUGCAGCCAUCUGAAAGCGGUACGUACUUAGUCCUUCCCCCCUCCUUAUUUUACUACCAGCUGUUUCACUGCCAUAUCUCCCAGGUUGCAUUUAGGCCGGUGGAGAUGAAUUAAACAGAGGUUCUGGAGGGCUCCUGUCUGAAGGCGCCACAACAAGGGAAAUGUACUCAGUUUGUGCACAGAUGCACACUUUUUUUAAAAAAAAGUCGCUAUUGCUUCUCGGGAGCCAGCCCUAGUUUUUAAAUCUGACCCCGGAGGUUAAUUUUGGUGCAGGUUUCAGCCCGACAGACCAACCCACCCUGUCCACACAGCACCAAAUUCUCCUCAACAGGUUAUCGGGGGACGUCUGAUCAGCCAUAGCUGAGUUGCCCUGGAGGUAAAGAUCCCACAGGGCACUGAAGCCAUACCCAGGUGGGCGUCUCAGAGGGGGCAGGGUCUGAAGGUAUAUUUUUAUAGCACAUUUGAGAUGGGAGAAGGGAACAAAUUGGCCUUCAAGUCUUCACACCCAGCUAGGCCAGAGCUUCCCUGACAGUAGUGAGUUGGAGCCAGUGUGGUGUAGUGGUUAAGAGCGGUAGACGCGUAAUCUGGGGAACCGGGUUCAUGUCCCCGCUCCUCUACAUGCAGCUGCUGGGUGACCUUGGGCUAGUCACACUUCUCUGAAGUCUCUCAGCCUCACAGAGUGUUUGUUGUGGGGGAGGAAGGGAAAGGAGAAUGUUAGCCGCUUUGAGACUCCUUCGGGUACUGAUAAAGCGGGAUAUCAAAUCCAAACUCUUCUUUAUGUAACUUUGCUGGAAAUGUGAAGGUUGCCAUCUUCUCCCCAUCCCUCAAUGACUCUUUGCAUUUCACCAAUGCAGGCAGAAACUCAACAAGUAUACCUUUCCCAUAUUCCCACAUCUCUCUGCUGGGGAAAGCCCUACCUGCUGGGUGCCUGCCCAUCGUGCAGAUGUUACAAACCCUAUCUGAUCAC